AUGCCACCAUUUCAUUUCAACGUGUUUUCGUUAUUCUUGAUUCUAUCCAUCACCAUUGUUAAACAUAUCGAUGCUUCUGAACCUUUUCCCCUUCACGACGUUCCUUAUCUCAAUCGGAGCAGUUUCCCGCCAGAUUUCGUUUUUGGAACAGCCUCUUCUGCAUUUCAGUAUGAAGGUGCAGCAUCUGAAGAUGGAAAAGGACCUAGCAUUUGGGAUACUUUCGCUCAUAAAUACCCAGAAAAAAUUAAAGAUGGAAGUACUGGAGAUGUAGCUGCUGACUCGUAUAAUCGGUACAAGGAUGAUAUAAGAAUCAUGAAGUAUAUGAAUAUGGAUGCUUAUAGAUUCUCCAUUUCAUGGUCUAGAGUGCUACCGAAAGGAAAGCUUAGUGGGGGUGUAAACCGUGUAGGGAUAAAUUACUACAACAACCUCAUCGACGAACUAUUGGCUAAUGGUCUGGAACCAUAUGUGACCAUUUUCCAUUGGGAUGUUCCACAAGCCUUAGAGGAUGAAUAUGGCGGUUUCUUAAGCCGUCACAUUGUAGAUGAUUUUAGGGACUAUGCUGAACUUUGCUUCAAGGAAUUCGGUGAUAGAGUGAAACGUUGGAUUACUUUGAAUGAACCAAGAAGUGUGAGUAAGAAUGGCUAUGCAAACGGAAGGUUUGCACCAGGGCGAUGCUCAGACUGGUUGAAAAUGAAUUGCACAGGAGGUGAUUCAGGGACAGAACCGUAUUUGACUUCACACUAUCAACUUCUUGCUCAUGCUGCUGCUGCAAAACUGUACAAGACCAAGUAUCAGGCAUCUCAAAAGGGUUUACUAGGGAUUACCUUAAACUCUGAUUGGUUUGUGCCUGUCUCUAAAGAGAAAUCAGACCGUGAUGCGGCACAACGAGCCCUCGACUUCAUGUUUGGGUGGUACAUGGAGCCACUCACCAAAGGUGAGUAUCCAAAAAGCAUGCAAUCCAUGGUGGGAAAACGGCUACCAAAGUUCUCCGAAAAAGAAUCAGAGCAACUUAAGGGUUCCUUCGAUUUUCUAGGCCUAAACUAUUACUCAUCCUUUUAUGCUGCUAAUGCUCCUCACCUACGCGGGGCUAAACCAGCCCAACAAACUGAUGCUCUUGUUAAUGUUACAAAUCAGCAUGAUGGAAAGCCCCUUGGUCCAAUGGCUGCUUCCAGCUGGUUGUGCAUUUAUCCACGAGGGUUUCGAGAACUAUUACUUUUCAUAAAGAAACAGUACAACAACCCUGUAAUUUACAUUACUGAAAACGGUUAUGAUGAGUUCAAUGAUCCAACUCUAUCACUUGAAGAAUCCCUUAUAGAUACUUACAGGAUUGAUUACUUUUAUCGUCAUCUUUAUUAUCUUCAAACCGCAAUCAAGGAUGGUGUGAAUGUAAAGGGAUAUUUUGCAUGGUCAUUGUUGGAUAACAUGGAAUGGGACUCUGGCUACACGGUGCGAUUCGGACUCGCCUUUGUGGAUUUUAAAAACGGCUUGAAAAGAUAUCCAAAACUCUCGGCUCAUUGGUUCAAGAACUUCCUUAAAAAAUCUUAG